ACGCAUUGCCUGAGUGGAUGAGCGGGCUGUUUCCGGUGUGAGUGACGAGUGGUGGCCGAACCUGGGGGACAGCAGGGGACGCUUAGGCAGGGACCAUGGCAGACGGCGGCUCGGAGCGGGCCGAUGGGCGCAUCGUGAAGAUGGAGGUGGACUACAGCGCCACGGUGGACCAGCGCCUGCCCGAGUGCGAGAAGCUGGCCAAGGAAGGACGGCUUCAAGAAGUCAUCGAGACCCUUCUCUCCCUGGAAAAGCAGACCCGCACCGCCUCUGACAUGGUGUCCACGUCCCGCAUCCUGGUCGCAGUGGUGAAGAUGUGCUAUGAGGCUAAAGAAUGGGACUUACUUAAUGAAAAUAUCAUGCUUUUGUCAAAACGGCGAAGUCAGUUAAAACAAGCGGUUGCAAAAAUGGUUCAGCAGUGCUGUACUUACGUGGAGGAGAUCACAGACCUCCCAGUCAAGCUGCGGCUGAUUGACACUCUCCGGAUGGUUACGGAAGGAAAGAUUUAUGUCGAAAUUGAGCGCGCUCGGCUGACUAAAACCUUAGCAACUAUAAAAGAGCAAAAUGGCGACGUGAAAGAGGCUGCCUCCAUUCUUCAAGAGUUACAAGUGGAAACCUAUGGGUCCAUGGAGAAGAAGGAGCGAGUGGAGUUUAUUCUGGAGCAGAUGAGACUCUGCCUAGCUGUGAAGGAUUACAUUCGCACACAGAUCAUCAGCAAAAAAAUUAACACAAAAUUCUUCCAGGAAGAAAAUACAGAGAAAUUAAAGUUGAAGUACUAUAAUUUAAUGAUUCAGCUGGAUCAGCACGAGGGGUCCUAUUUGUCGAUUUGUAAGCACUACAGAGCCAUCUACGAUACUCCCUGCAUUCAGGCAGAAAGUGAGAAAUGGCAACAGGCCCUGAAAAGUGUUGUUCUCUACGUUAUCCUGGCUCCUUUUGACAAUGAGCAGUCAGAUUUGGUUCACCGGAUAAGUAGUGACAAGAAACUGGAAGAAAUUCCCAAAUACAAGGAUCUGCUGAAGCUUUUUACCACAAUGGAGUUGAUGCGCUGGUCCACACUUGUUGAGGACUAUGGGAUGGAGCUACGGAAGGGCUCCCCUAAGACCCCAGCAACUGACGUCUUCAGCUCUACAGAAGAAGGGGAAAAGAGGUGGAAAGACUUGAAGAACAGAGUCGUGGAGCAUAACAUCAGAAUUAUGGCCAAGUACUAUACUCGGAUAACAAUGAAAAGGAUGGCGCAGCUUCUGGAUCUCUCUGUGGAUGAGUCGGAGGCUUUCCUCUCGAACCUAGUCGUUAACAAGACCAUCUUUGCUAAAGUAGACAGGCUGGCUGGAGUCAUCAACUUCCAGAGACCCAAGGAUCCAAAUAACUUAUUAAAUGACUGGUCUCAGAAACUGAACUCGCUGAUGUCUCUGGUUAACAAGACGACACACCUCAUCGCCAAAGAGGAGAUGAUACAUAAUCUACAGUGAGGGUGUGGAUGCUUUUAGAAGACAAAGUGGGAGGUCAUUAAAAAGAAAGACUGUUUUCAUGGUG